GGUCAGAGUUGGGCUUGAUUUUAUAUUCACUACACUGUUCUGCCUGUGUUUUUCAGUUUUACCUUUAGGUUAAGUGUAGUAAGUUCAUAAAAAGUAUUACAAAAAAAUCUAAAGUAAAAAAAUUCAACAUAAUCGAAAGUCGAAUGACCCAGAAUAGUUUUGCAUUCACAAGUUCGCACAGGCAGUGAAAAAUUACAUAUCGAAAGUUUUAACAAGAGCUUGGACCUUUGAGACUUGAGAUGGGACCUAAAAAGAAGUCGGUGGCUAUUGUGGAACCUCCCCCGGAAGCGGAGGCCAAACCUGAGAAGAAACCUCCGCCAAAGAAGGAACCACUUCCUAUUUUCGUAUUCGACCUCAUUGUCACAAAUGUGGAGGCCAAUGGUGUCCAGUUCACCAAUCCCGCCAAGCUUGAAGUCACGGCCAACUUCUUCAAGACCCCAAUUCCACUAACACCCAGUCAGAUAAAUGUCACCGAUUUUAAGGGUAAUGCCGGACUGACUUUCCAAAAGCCGGCGAAGGAGAUCCGCAAAAAUGUUGGCGACUGCGGCAUAUCAUUUGUGGUGGUCUACAGCAAGAAGACGAUUGGCUCUGGCCAGGCAUCCUUUCCGGAUAGCGUGGUCAACACCAUCGACAACGACAUGACCGACAUCCUACACUCGGACGUCAUCAAUUUGGCGAGCGGCGGUGUGGUCACCGGCAAACUGGAGUUCCUCUGCCGGCUGGUCGUCAUGUGCCUUGCUGACGAGGAGGAAACCGAGUGCACGCGCAACAUGGACAGGAGCAUCAAUCCGCAGGACAUCAUGUUCGUGAUGGGCGAAUCGCAGACGUGUCCCAGUGCCUGUGAGCCCUGUCGCAAUGAUCUGGAGGAGGAGGAGGGCGACGAGCGCCUCAAACUGGACUUGGAUCGGUAUCGCAGCCAAGGUGGCGGCAUCAAGCCCUACAACAUGAUGACGGACAACGGAUCCGGAAUACCAGCCUGUUGUGAACUGAAGAAAAUGGCCAUCGAGUACGAGCGCAUGAUUGAUUCGAUAACCAAGAAAACAGGGAUGCCACCACCGAAACCUCCAUGUCGCGAUCCCGAGGAAGCCAACAACUUCGGGAUGAAUCCCUGCUGGUGCCGACCUGAAGCACCAGCCUCUCUGGAGCUGCCGGAGAAGCCGGACAAGCCGUGCUUCGUCUACCUGCCGGCCACCCAGGACCAGGAGCCCGACUUCUGCGACAGAAACCUCAUUCCGGUGCCGAUCGCCGACUGCGAUGGCAAGGAGCCGGACAUCAAGCCGAUCCGCUUCUGCCCGGUUUGCCUGACCAACAUGUCCUGGCUGCCGAAGUUCGCCGCCUGCCCGAAGUGCGGCAUCAAGCCGAUGCCCGUGGUGGAGGAGCGGCACAAGGAGAAGAAGCUCUCGGCGGACCAGAUCCUGCUCGAGUACCUGGGCAAGGGACCGGCGACCAUAGACGAUUACUGUGUGGAUCCCUGUGACAAGGCCCAGAAGGAAAGGGCAGCCGCCGAGGAGGACGAGGAGUGUCCACCGUGCCGGUGCACCUGUAAGUUCGGCAAGAUGUGUGCCCACUGUCGCAUCAGGAAGCUGUGUGCGGACAUCUUCAAGAGCGAUCAGCCGGCGCCCAAGUGCCCCAAGGUGGAACCGAAGGACUCCGAGGACUACUGCGUAGUGAACAAGAGCUCCGACGAUUGCAGACCUUAUUUGGCAAAGGUUUUCUCCGAACUUCGGGAUCUCUACGACAUCAAGGACACCAAGAAGAUGUCGGAGCUGGACGAGAAUUGUGAGCGUGCCGUUCCGAAGACGGAGAAGCCGGAGAAGACGGAGCCCAAGAAGACGGAGAAUCAACCCCAGAAGCCCGCCUACGUUCCUCCCAACAACAAGGGACAAAUCAGCAGCAGGCACAAGCGGUGUGUCCAUCAGUCGGGAUUCGUGUCAAAGCGACAUGGUUGGGCCUGGAGCAAGAGCUGGGAGGCCAAGAAGCUGGGCUGGCGACCAGGAGCCAUCCGCAAGCCCAUCAAGCAGCUGAUGAAGUUCUUCCUGGAGCAACCGGCCAAGGAAACCGCCUUCGCCAAGUGCAAGGAUGCCGAGACUUUGGAGAGGGAAAAGGAACUAGCUUCGCCCGUUUUGAAUAUCUGCAAGAAGAACGGAGAGAUCUUCAUCACUUUGAGACCGCUAUCACCUCUGGGUGUCCGGCAGAAGCCCAUCACCUUCCGGAUUGUGAAGAGCGAACUGGCGGUGGCUCUGCGGCAGAUCAAGAGGAAGCUGAAGGACAAGGGCUUCCGCAAGUGCACCUGCCACCAAACGCUGAUGAUGUGCCGCUGCCGGGAUCCCGUGGAGAAGGUCCAUCUGCAGAGGGCUCUGAACAGGGAGUGCCGACGUCACUCCAUUCCGCCAGCUGGUGACCAUCUGGUGCUCACGGACACCAGCGAGAGCGACAUGGAGUUUGACUUCGACGUGACCCCGCCGGCGGGAACGGAGCAGCCGUAUAAGCCGCCACCGCCGGAAACGAUCAACCAUGGCACUCAGACCUCGAAAAAGGACGCUGCUCCGCUUCCUCCGAAGUACCCCAUCCUGGUGCCACCCUACUACCGGGGAUUUGACUGCGCCGUGGGCGAUCGCUACAUGGGCACGGCCUUUGGUCUGCCCGGCGAGGUGGUCUUCGAGGACGGCGUCUUCGGGCUGAUGGGCGGCGGUCCACAUGGACCCCAGCCGAUCCCCUGCGGACGGACACGCGUGCCAGGCGCUUGGGGAAAAGGUGGAGCAGGAGCAGGAGCAGGAGCUGUCUUUGGCGGCGGAAGGGGUCGCGGAGGUCUUGGUGGUGGUGUUGGAACUAUUGAAAAGGGUAUAUUGGGUGUUAUUGGUGUGAAGAAGCCAAAGGGUGGCGGCAAAUCUGAACCGAUACCAGUGCGAUUCCCCAAGCGAUUCCUCAAGCCAGCCGAGGAUGCGGCCAAGGCGGCCAAGCAGGCGGUGAAGGACGCCAUCGCCAAAAAGAAGAAGGGCCCCGACAUGAUGAAGUACCUGCAGCAGAAGGGCACCCUGGUCCGCCCCUGGAAUCCGCAGGAGGGCAAGGACAAGCGGCCCAGACCCCCGCCACUCACUGCAGUCGGAGACGAUGGCCUCACCUACUUUGAGAGGAAGCGCAAGUUCCUGCUGGCCAGUCCGCCUCCUCUGCUUUGCUCCAUCCCCAGGAGGGGCAAGGGCUGCAAUCCCUGCGAUGCCUGCCGCUACGACAUCAUCUGCUGGCACGGCCUUUGGUUUGCCGGCGUCCUCUUCGAGGACGGAAUCUUCGGACUGAUGGGCGGCGGACCACAAGGAUCACGAGUGCCUGACGCUCGUGGAGGAGGACCAGGUGGCCCGGUGGGUUUCUUUUGCCCUGGCAAGCCGAAGAGUGGCAAGUCCGAACCGAUACCAGUGCGAUAUCCGAAGCGAUUCCUCAAGCCAGCCCAAGAUGCGGCCAAGGCGGCCAAGCAGGCGGAGGUUGACGCAAUCGCCAAAAAGAAGAAGGGUCCGGACAUGAUGAAGUAUCUGCAGCAGAAGGGCACCCUGCUGAUUAUAUCUUCUCAUCCAAAAUUUUUGCAAUUUAUUUUUCUCUUCAGUCCGCGUAAUAGUACCUCCGACGUACCCCAUCCUGGUGCCACCUUAUAUCGGGGAUUCGACUGCGCCGUGGACGAUCGCUACGAGAUCAUGGCCUGUGGUUUGCCCGGAGAAGUGGUCUUCGAGGACGGAGUCUUCGGUCUGAUGGGCGGCGGUCCACAUGGAGCACGAGGGCCUGGCGCUCGGGGAGCAGGAGCAGGUGGCCCGGUGGGAUUCUUUUGCCCUGUCGGCAAAUCCGAUCCGAUACCAGUGCGAUAUCCUAAGCGAUUUCUCAAGCCCGCCUUAGAUGCCGCCAAGGCGGCCAAGCAGGCGGAGUUGGACGCAAUCGCCAAAAAGAGAAGGGGCCCCGACAUGAUGAAGUAUCUGCAGCAGAAGGGCACCCUGGUCCGCCCCUGGAACCCGCAGGAGGGCAAGGACAAGCGGCCCAGACCCAAGUCUCCCAAUGCAAUCGGAGAGGAUGGCCUGAACGACUUCCAGAGGAGGCGCAGGUUCCUACUAGCCAGUCCGCCUCCUCUGCUUUGCUGCAUUCCCAGAAGGGGCAAGGGCUGCCGCCCCUGCGACUCCUAUCGGUGUGAUCCCUAUCGGUGUUAUCCCUGUCUGAUAAAGGAUCCGUGUUCUGUGGACUGCCAUCGUCCGUUUUGACUUCCCGAAAAAUUUAAAUGGUUGCCUUAAAUUUUCAAAUAUACAAUUUAAUUGUG